GUCGGAACUAUUUUGGUAGCGCGCAGGUGGAGCCGGCGCAGCAACAGCUGCAUCCGGUUUGCACUCUUGCACAGAAGUUUGCAGCUUUUGCGGCUUUUCAUUCCCGCUAACUUCCUUCAGAGAAUGAAACCCGUUACGGUAGACACGUGAACUUAACUACGUCGUAGCAUUUUAUGAAUAUUAACUGCUAUUUUAUGUUAAUUAGCUUUAUAAAAGUAAGCUAGCUUCAAAGAAGUGACGGACGUAUGUCAGGAGUGAACGGAGCUAAAAAAAUCAACAUUAGCUUGACACAAGAUUCUAUAUUUAGUUUUUAUUACGAGAUAUGGACUCGACAUGUAUGCAGGCUUCAACUCUGAUGGUUGAACGUCUGCUGUAACAUCAGAGUCAACCAUGGUGCCGUUAAAGAGAAGAAAGGUCGUCUCCUCCGGUGCUGGGGACACCGGCAGCGACCGUCCCGGAGAUAAAGUACCGACCAGGUUCCCGCAGGUUGUUUUGUUUCUGUUGGAGAGAAAAAUGGGAGCCAGUCGAAGAGCUUUUCUCUCUCAGCUCGGUCGAAAGAAAGGCUUUCAGGUGGAGGAGGUGUUCAGUGAGAGAGUCACACAUGUUAUCUGUGAGAACAACUGUAGUGACGAGGUGCGGACGUGGCUGCACUCGCAGGUCGGGGGCCGAACAUCUGCUCAGCCGCUGGACAUCAGCUGGUUCACAGAGAGCAUGAGAGCAGGACGUCCUGUAGAAAUACUGGACAGACAUAAAGUACAGGAGCAGCAGAUUGAUGAAGCGGAGGUUGUGGCGUUCUCUGUACCGAGCUACGCCUGUCUGAGAAGAACCACUCUGGACAACCACAACCCCGUCCUCACCGAUGCGUUGUCCCUGCUGGCUGAAAACGCCGAGCUCAGUGACGAGGAUGGGCGAGGUGUUGCGUUCCGACGGGCCGCCGCCGUGUUGAAGGCUCUCCCCGAACCGGUGACGGGCGUGACGCAGCUCAGAGGGCUCCCCUGUCUCGGAGGACACUCGCUCAGAGUCAUCAGAGACAUUCUGGAGAAUGGAGCGUCAAGUGAAGUUGAAUUUACAAAGCAGUCUGAGCGGUUUAAAGCACUGAAGGUUUUAACGGAUAUUUUUGGAGUUGGAGCAAAAACAGCAGAGCGCUGGAUCAGAGACGGGAUACACAGCCUUCACCAGUUGCAGGAAUCAGGACAAACGCUCAAUCGAGCGCAACAAGCAGGCCUGGAGCACUAUGAUGACCUGAAGCAGCCCGUCACGAAGGCGGAGGCUGACGCCAUCGGCGAGAUCGUGGAGGAAGCUGUCGUGUCUGUGUUACCCGGGGCUCAGAUCACUCUGAUCGGAGGAUUCAGGAGAGGAAAGCUGACGGGCCAUGAUGUUGACUUCCUAAUAACACACCCAGAAGAGGGCAGAGAGGUGGGACUGAUGCCUAAAGUCGUCUCCUGGUUGGAAUCACAGGGUUUCCUGUUGUACCAGAAAACUACAAGAAACUCUUACCUGGAGGCUAAAGACGGUCCUGCUCGGCCCGCCUCCAACAUGGACCGCUUCGAGAGGUGUUUCUCCAUCUUUAAACUGGCCGACGCGGAGAAACGAGGAACGAAACAGACAGAAAAUACACCUGAGGACACGUGCAGGCUCGCAGCCCACUCGCAGGUUACAGACGAAGGACCGAAACCUGCCAGCGGACACAGACGGUGGCGAGCCGUGAGAGUGGACCUAGUGGUCUCUCCCAUCAGCCAAUUUGCUUUUGCUCUGCUGGGCUGGACCGGAUCCAAGUUGUUUGAGAGAGAGCUGCGACGCUGGGCGGGGCACGAGAAGGCCAUGUCUCUGAGCAGCCACGCUCUGUACGACAACAAACAGGGUAGAUAUCUGAAAGCUACGUCAGAGGAGGAGAUAUUUACUUAUCUUGGUCUGGAGUACAUUCCUCCGUCAGAGAGAAACGCCUGAUGAUGAUCUCCGACACGAGGAGCAAGCAGGUACCAUCUGAGGUUUAUAACCCGCACGCAGAACUGUUAACGGAGCCGCCAAGUGGACCUUUAUACUCCCUCCUGAAUCAUAAAUAACAAGUCUUUGAGUUUAAACCCUCUGAGGUCUGAGGGCAUUUUCACAUAUGUUCUUAAAAUUAACUUUUUAGGGUAUUUGCGUAUAACUGAUCCCCAUGUGAUUCACAUCAAAAUGUUCCGAACAAACUCAGCUUUGCGUAUAGUGACGCCCACAUUGUUUCUAGAGCAAUGUGUGGAGAGAUAAUUUGGUGCUAAAGAUGCAACGUUGAUGUUGGCUUUUUAAAAUUCCUCAAAUCUUAAAGAACAAAAAACCAAACAAAAAAAACCCUUAAAGCUUUAGUGCGUAACUUUUUGAUAUUAAUGAACGUCCGUAA